GACAUGCAAUCCUUCUCAAGGCUGCGAGUUCGAGUAGAAGACUUGUCAAAUAAGGUUAUUCAGCUGUUGAAUGACUAUAAGUUGUCAGAAACCAUGUCACAGGAUUGGAACGAAAGUUUUCGAGAGCAGUUGUAUGAAAAGUACGUUUCUAUUGUCACUUUAGAACACUUACUUAGAAGAGAUUUGGAAACUCUUUUCCUUUCUUCCUCGGAGUGGAUCUUAAAGCCAAAAGUACCAGGAGAAGAGACUCUUCAAGCCUUGCCGGAUCUACUCCGAACCAAACCUGACCAAGAAUAUCUCAAAUACUUGAACGAUAGUUAUUCCUUGUAUUUGAAGGAGUCUGAAGUUGAUGAGAAAGAUUCUCACGCAUUGAAUUUGCGAAUAUUAUCCAUUCGGAGGGUGUGCAAUACUCUGCUUGAGAAAGUUGAAAGGUUUCUAGAACAAGAUAGCAGUUCUGGAAAUCCUUUCAUCAAGUCAGCGGAAGAACAAUCAGACAAAAGUGUAGAAAACUCUCUUUCUUGGCUGAUGUAUGAAAAAGGAAUCGGUCUGAGUUGAAAGGAGCUACGUGACACAACAUU